AUGUUAAGAGAUAUUACUCGAUCUCAAUUAAUUCGCCUAUUUUCUACAAGAAUAACAGACAUUAGAUUGUGUAGAUUUUGUUGUACAGUAACGAAUGGAUUUAUUGAAAAGAAGGGCCAUACAGGAAGAGGUGUUUUAGCCAUGCGUUCAUUCACAAUUCUUGACUUUAUUGAAGAUCGACGGAGGAACAAUUAUUUAAUAAAAAUUAGAAAUCCUUGGUCUAGAACAGCAUCAACACAAUCCAAUACUUCAAAAUCAACAGAAAAAAAUUCUCCAAAAUGGGAAUACGUUUCCCCACGAUUUCGAGGAAUUAUACAAAAAAUCGAGAAUGGUUCCUUCUUAUUGGGAAUAGAUUCAUUCCAUUCAUUUUUUGAUUAUAUUGAAUGGUGGCAGAAGGAAGAGGAUGAAGUUGAGGAAGAAAAUAAAAAGAAAAAAGAAGAAAAAUUAAUUCAACAGCAACCCCUACCUCCAUACGAAACUACAACUUUAUUGAAAGUAGAAGUUUAA